CACUUAAAUAUAAACUACUGCAUAUUCAAACCUGUAUACAAAACGUUACACCUUUGCUUUUUUGCUUUGUAACACAUUAGACUCUGAGAAGCAUAAAGUGGCACAACUUUUGCCAAGGAAAAUCACUUGAAAAUACAGAAAGGUAAUAUCUUCGCAAAACUUUAAGUUAAAUUUUCGUUAUUUCCCUCCAAUGGGAGUCAAAAAAUUGGUAAUUAGACAAGAAAGGCAUCAUAGAUUUUCAUGGACCUUUUCCCAAUUUCUAUAUCUCUUUAGUCUUUACCCGACAACCGACACUAAUUUUGUGGGUCUCCCUUGAAUAAAAAAUUUGUUUUGUGCACGUCUUUUUUCAAGAAACAUCACUCUCAAGAAAGUCCAAUGUGGAGUAAUACAAAGGACUCUGUUGCUAGUUGAUGGUGCAGGCCAGGCCAAAGCCAAGGCGGCACAACUUUUUAGUUUCUAUCUAACCCCAAAAUAUGUCUUGGAAGCAAAGUCUAUUCUAACCGUUGGCAUACACGUACCAUAGUAGGACUUUUCAAAGAUUUCGUAGACUUUACUAUUUGUGGCAUACAAAAGGGUCUAAAAUGCAUAAAGUUAACGGCUUGUGAAACUCAUUAGAUACACCCCCACAAUUAGUUUGUUGCUGUAUUUAUAAAGUAUUUGAUACUGUUUUCAGCUAAUGAAUAAGUGGUAAAGAUGAGCCUUUCUUGCUCUCUAGGUGUAACAUUUUUGCUUUAAUCACAAAAUUGACUCAUCUGAAACAAGUAGAGCACGCGGCUGCCUCUCCAUGUUCCCUUGCUUCAGUUCUCUGCUGGGCGCAAUUCAAGAAACGUGAAUGGUCCUUGAGAUGAAGAUUUCAUGAGUGAACUACUCUUUGCUCAGAGAUUUGUCAACAAGAAAUGAGGUUCGGAAAGGAAGCUGCAAUUGCUUUCCUCAUUAGCUUGGUCUGGAUACAGCAAAUUGCUGGCGAUGAAGGACAAAAUGCAUCAGUAACAAGUAAGUGGACCUGCAGCUGUCUUGCCAACCAGAGUUUUGUUGUUCCAGAAAACUGUUCAUCAUCCUGUGAUUGCACUCUUGACAAAUCAAGCAAGAACAGAUGGAUAUGCAUAUGUGCCGCUGAUGAACUACCUAGAGUGGCUGCUGCUAAUAGUUAUAGCAGCUGUUUUACAGCCUGUGAUUGCCAUUAUGGAACUCAACUUGAAAAGCAGUCACCUAAGAAGAGCAUAUCCAGCAAAGUUAUUUUGGUCAUGCUCUUACUAUGUGCAACCGUCAUUACGCUUGGUUUUGUUGCUUCGAUGCUGUGCUAUGUGUAUAGAAAGGAUAAAUAUUCUAUCCAACGAGCUCUAUUUUCAUCAGACAAAGAAACAAGUUACAACAGUACUACCAACUUAAUACUAAGCCAAGGAACUUCAAUUGCAGAACAUGGACGGUACACUGGUUCCUCCAACUGUGUUACAGGUUGUGUUCCCAAAGCAUGUAUUAUGUUCAAAAGAAAAUCUGGAGUAUUUUAUGGGACGAUUAUUCAAUUUUCAUAUGCUGACUUAGAGAGCGCAACAAAUAAGUUCUCUGAUUCCAAUUUGAUUGGGGUCGGAGGAAGCAGCCAUGUGUACCGUGGUUAUCUCAGAAAUGGAAGAACUAUUGCAAUUAAGCGAAUAAAAACUCAGGCAGGACAGGACACUGACUCUGCUUUCUUGACGGAGAUAGAACUCAUAUCAAGACUUCAUCAUUGUCAUGUGGUUCCAUUGCUUGGAUACUGCUCCGAACACCAUGGGAAACAUGCCGAGAGGCUACUUAUUUUCGAGUUCAUGGCAAAUGGCAAUCUGAGAGAUUGUCUGGAUGGAGCAUCAGGGAGACACCUCGAUUGGAGUACACGGGUCGCUGUUGCUUUUGGAGCUGCACGUGGCUUGGAGUAUCUCCACGAAGCAGCUGCACCAAGAAUUUUACACCGAGAUGUUAAAUCCACUAAUGUUCUAUUGGAUGAGAACUAUAGAGCAAAGAUUACUGAUCUUGGCAUGGCAAAACACCUUCAAAAUGAUGGUAUUCCUAGUGGUUCCAGUUCUCCUGCUCGGAUGCAGGGCACAUUUGGCUAUUUUGCACCUGAAUAUGCAAUUGUUGGAAGAGCUUCUUUGAAGUCUGAUGUUUUCAGUUUUGGGGUUGUGCUCCUUGAACUGAUAACUGGACGAAAACCAAUACAUAAGUCGGCUAAUAAGGCAGAAGAGAGCCUCGUGAUAUGGGCAACCCCUCGUCUGCUAGACAGUAGGCGUGUGGUCUCAGAGUUGCCAGACCCAAAUUUGAAAGGAGAAUUUGAAGAAGAGGAGAUGCAGGUAAUGGCUUACUUGGCUAAGGAGUGUCUUCUAUUGGACCCAGAUUCUCGGCCAACGAUGAGUGAGGUUGUUCAAAUUUUGUCAACUAUUGCCCCAGAAACAUCUAAAAGGAAACACUUCUCGAGAGAUGAGUUCAAGGGCUCGUUUAGUUAUGAUGGAAAGAGUACUUAUGGAGAAAGUCCCGGCUUUGUUGAAGCUGAGGAGAUCAAGCAGAUCACGUCUGAGAAUCGCUCAGCUCACUGCUUGUUGUCGCCACAUUGCGAGUUCAAUCAUUGUGGCGAAACUAGUGAUCAGAAAGAACAUGUUAUUCAUGCUGCAUAUGUAGAGAAACUACUACUCCAGAGCUCAAAUGCCCGAAGUUGGAGCCCGCAAGAUGAUGAAGCAGUGGAUUUAACUGAACCGCGGUUUGAGAAAUUUCAUAUGCCAACUGUUAGAUUGGAAACAACGUAGGUGCUGUAGGAAAAUAGCAGCUUUCUUUUAGCUUUGGUUUCCUCAAUUUUUCACGUCUUAGUAUUCGAGAAUCACAGGUUGGUUUAAAGAUUACACAUACAAGGCAGUUGAUUUCAUUUUUUUCAAUUGAUGUAAGGGAAAUUUACAUGAAAUUUUCUAGUCGUAUUUCUUUUGUAAAUUA